AUGUUAAAACAAUUAUUAGGAGAAAUUGAUGGCAUUGGAAAGUCAUCGAUGGAUGGUUUACAUUCGCUGUUCGAGUCUCAAAUGAAUGAUCUUACCAUGAGAGCACAAAAUUAUAAGGAACAAAUAACAAAUACAUCAUCAUACUUUUAUGCUACUCCAUCAUUUAAAGUGGGAGUGAAAGGACAAUUAAAUAGUAACAAGAAACCAUUCCCGUUCUCCUUCAAUUCUGGCAGUGCAAAGAAGACACCACUCAAGAGUCCUCCACAUCUUCAUAAAACUCCAAUCGGAUCACCUCAUUCAUUUAGAAAACAAACACCUCUUGGUACAAGGAAUUUUGAUCAGGAACUUAAUAUUCAACCACACAAUGUAACAAUAUCACAAUCACCUCUCUUCAAAUUUAAAUCACCAAUAGCAAUGACCUCUGGUGGAAAUAAGAAGAAACGAAAGUCUUCUUCCGUAUCCAAGAGAAAUAUGUUAUCGCCACCACCAAUGAUCGAUUCAAAUGUUGAAUUGCCAAAGGAAAUUGAAUUAUAUGCACCAAUACCUCCUCUUGAAUUUGAUAAGGAUUUGGGUAUUGAUAAAGAUGAUGAAAUGGACACUGAUUCAAUUAAGCCAAUAGAGCCAGUCUUGAUGAGUAAGAAGAAUUCAGUGAUGAGUGUAGAUAUGGAACUUGGUGUUGUUACUGCCUUACCUCAACCAGAAAGCAAGCAAGAAAUGAUUUCAUCGCCACCACCUCCACAAACAAUUACACUCCUCCAACAAUUCCAAGAACCACAACAAUUAUCAUACGAGAGACCACUUCAACCAGUUGUCAUUCCACCAUCAACAAUAUUCCAACUUCCAAAGGUCAAAGAAGAACCAAUAAGUGAUGAAGAAGAAAUUGUUGUGAAAAAGAAUAGACAACCUAAAAGAAAACCUAAACUUAUUGCAGUGCAACAACCAAACAAUAACACUACUAAUGCUAAUGUCAGUGUUUCAACAGUUGCUCAAGAACCACCAAAGGAACCUGAAGUCAUUGUUAUUGAUGAUGCUAAAUCUGAUGUGACAGAACAGUUAUCUUGUCUUUUGAUUUCUGAAGCAUUGAAAGAAAAUGAAAAGAAUGAACAAGCUCUUGAACAAUCAAAUAUUGUUCCUGUUCAUUCAUUCAUUGUAAAACAAGAAAUUGUUGAUUCACCUGAAGUGGUCAAUAAGACCUUCAAUAGAACUUGUUUGGAUGAAAUGAAUAUUUCUAUGAUUCAACCAAUCGAAGAAGAUAGAAAGCAAACUGAAUUCUCAUUCCUCUCCAAAACUAAAUUAUUCCAAGACGCACAUGAUGAAAGUGAUGAUAGUAUCUUGUGCUUUAGUGCAUCAGAUGAUGAUCUUUUUGAAGAUGACAAGGAAGAACAUGAGAACGAUGUUUGUGUCAAAAUCAAUUUUGCCCCUCCUCCAGUUGUUAAUAUUUUCGAAAGACAACAAUCAGUCCAAAUUCCAAAUCCGUUCAGUAACUUGAAAAAGACCAAUAGUGCAGAGGCAGUUAAGGUCACAUCCCUUCAAGAGAAGAUUAAAUCCUUAAAAUCAGAGCCAUGCAUUCCUUCCAUUCACUCAAUGAUGCAAAAGGCAGAUGCAGAUAGACCAUCUCUUGAACUUUCUGAACCGCCAUGCACUCCAACUAGAACUCCUUCCAUCUCAGGAGCCAUUGAGAAACUUGGACAAUUGUCGAUUCACAAUAAGAUUGAAGUAAUGUUCUCACCACCAGAGGUUCAACUUUCUCCUCCACCUUUCGACUCUAUUCCAGAUUUCUCCUCACCAAAGUAUUCUUCACUUCAACACAUUAAAUCUGAGGUUGCCACACCAAGGCAAGUGCAAUCCCAAGAUGAUAACAAUGCCCUCACACCAAAGAAUGAUAUGCAAUUGAGUACACCUCCAACAACCUCUAAUGUCAAAGAGCCACCAACAAUAUCGCAACAUGGCAAGUACAAACCAUUUACUCCUAAAUUUAUGGAACCAAGACCUAAUCCUACUGCUUCUUCUGAAAUUCCAUACGAAGAUCCAUUUGCUACUUUGAGGAGAGACUCUAUCGAUAUCAUUGAUGUUGAUGAGAAUGAACACAAGAGAAAGUUCACCAAUAAGGUUUCAACAGAGAGUAAUGAUCAAAAGAGACUGAAACUCAGCGAAACGAACCGUAUUUCAAUUUCUUCAGUGUCUUCCUGUUCCUCAAUUUCCUCAUUCCACAGUAAUGCCAGUAUUGGAGAGUUAAGCAAUCCAGGAGUAGGCAAUGUUGUGUCUAACAUCUUUACUGGUGUCAAGUCAUUUGUUUUCAAAGUUGCACAAAACAAGAAUAAGAGCAGUGUUGGUGCCUCAAAGAAGGCAAUCAGCAGUUUGAAACUUGCAGAAGCUGCCAAAAAGAAGGAAGAAGAUAAGAAGAAUGCCAAGAAGGAAAAGUUGGAAAAGCAAUUAGCUUUACAAAAGAAAAAGAAAGAACAAGAAGAUAAAUUAAAGGAAGAUGCCAAGAAACAAACUAAACUUGUAAAGACAAAUAGUUCCAAUAAUACUUCCCAAAAGUCCAUCGUAGAAGGAUUGGCUCUAGCAUCUGGUUCACGUUCCAGUAAUAUUUCAACUUGUUCCAAUAGUACCAAUUCUCAAACCAAUAAGAAGAUAAUAGGUCCACAAAUAGGUCCAAUGAACAAACCACAACCACCUAAGAAACAAACAACCCUCACAACAAAGCCACUUACUGCUGUUCCUGAACCUAGAGUUUCCUCAUACGAUUUGAGUGAUGAAUAUGACAGCUCAGAGGACGAUGAAGUUGCUAAGAGAAGAAGACAACAUAAGAAGAUUCCAUCUUGGGCUCAAGGUGAAACCCUCAAGAAGAAUAUCAUUCGUACAACUAAGAUUGACCCAGACAGAAUAUUUGGAUCUGUUAGAACCUGUAAUCUUGAAGAUAUUUUCAAGGGAACUACUAACCAAGUUAUGAUUAAUAGAUUUAGACAACGUACCUCAUCCUCAAAUUGGACUGCUGAUCACUUUACUCUUGAAGAGGAAGAAGAAUACAGAGAAGAAAUGGGAUUCACCCUUUAAACUUACUAGGAGAUUACAAUGUAAAUAUUUGAGAUUUUCACAAGUUAAUUCUUUGUGAUCACUCAAUAAAAUUUCAAUCUUGAUC